UUUAUAUAUAUAAGCAGGUGCAGUAUUGAUGCUACUGACGAACUGCCAGAUUACAUGAAAGUUUUCUACAAGGAAUUACUGAAUGUUUUUGAGGCAACAGAGAAUAUUGCGAGUAAGGAAGGAAGAUCCUACUGUGCCUAUUACGUAAAAGAAGAAUUUAAAAACUUGUUGAGAUCCUAUCGCAUGGAGGCACAGUGGUUUAAUGAAGGGUAUGUGCCAACAUUUGAUGUGUAUUUGCAAAAUGGUUCUGAGUCAAGCACCUAUGGCGUAGUUGUAGCAGCAGGCUUUAUUGGAAUGGAAAAGAUUGCAGGGAUCAAGGAAUAUCAGUGGCUUCAAAGUAACCCAAAAAUUGUCAAAGCUCUCAAGGUACUUGGGCGUCUUGAGAACGACAUAGUAUCCCACCAGGCUGAGCAAAAGAGAGGAGACUCUGCUUCAUCGGUAGAGUGCUACAUGAAAGAACAUGAUGUUUUAGAAAAGAAGGCUGUGGAAGAGAUUCUUAAAAUUUGCGCAAAUGCAUGGAAGGACAUCAACGAAGAAUGCAUGAAGCCAACUGCUCUGCCAAGUCCUAUUCUCCAAUUGUUGGUUAACCUUGCUCGAAUAACAGAGGUUUCUUACAGAUUUGACGACUCCUACACCAACUCAUCAAGUCUGAAAGAUAAAAUUACAGCAUUGCUUCUGGAGCCACUUCCUUUGCAAGACCAAGUUAAUAUAUAAUACGAUGAGUUUCGUAUAUAUGUCUUUCCCCUGCUUGGCUUGGAUUGUCCCUGUGCCGGAAAGGCAAGAAUAAAUAGUGUGCUUUGCUUUGCUAUAUAUCAGUUGUUGUAAAAUAAAACAAAUGAUCGAGAGGCCAAACACUAUGUGUCAUCUCUCUCUGCAUCUUAAUUAUGAAUAAUUAAGGUGCUAUGCUUUGUAAUUUGAUAAUGUGUGCAAUUUUAUGUUUCUUAAAAAAAAAAAAAAUUAUUAUGUGAAUA